AGCAAAUCAAAAAGUGGAUCAGCCAUUUCGCGACAGCUUCCACGACAGCAAUUUGACAACAACAACAUAGAUUUGCCUGAACUGUGCUAUGAGAGUGUUUGAAGAUGGUGUCUAGUGAAGUAUUUACAUAUCUUCUUACGCUUAUUGAUAGCACACUUUUACUCUUCCUUGCUGUUUAUUUUAUUAUCACUUUAUCUGACCUGGAGUCAGAUUACUUGAAUGCUCAAUCAUGCUGCUCUAAAUUAAAUACAUGGGUGAUACCAGAGAUGCUGGCUAGUCUUUGUGCCACUCUGCUGCUUCUUUUUAACUUGCAUUGGUUUUUAUUUCUCUAUACUCUGCCUUUAUCAGGAUUCCUAGUUUACAGAUAUUUAAAUAUUCCAGCUGGUAAUUUUGGAAUGUUUGAUCCAACUGAAAUUCACAAUCGAGGUUAUUUAAAAAGCUAUAUGAAAGAGACAAUGGUGAAGAUGGGUUUUCACCUUAUAAGCUUCUUUAUCUAUUUAUAUUGUAUGAUAUCUGUCUUGGUCAACGGUUAGUAAUCUAUUCUGAAGAAAGUGAGAUUUAACUUAAGCAGUACUGUACUAUGAAAUCCUUUUGCCAAUUGAUGUUGCCUAAGCCAUAGCGACAUGCUUUUUAUCGGCCACUAAUGAGGAUAAUUUUUUUUACAGGAUAAAAUUAUGACAGAAGAAUUUUGUAAAUCAUGAAUUUAAAUAAGUAAUGUUAAUAUGCCUGUGCCUGUAUUAAUGUCUACAUAUUUAGUUGGGUGUUUAAUCCAAUCGCUCACAGUAGUGGCUCCAGAAAUCUGCUAUCUCUAUAUUAGAAAUUGCUAUCACAAUAACUUGGUAAUGGUAAAUUAGUACACCAACCCUCCUCUUGCCAUCACUGCUUCCCCAACCCCUCUCCUACCCUCAUUGCUACCCUACCCCUCUCCUACCCCACUACUCUCCCACACUCACUGCUAUCCCACCCCUCUCCCACCCUCAUUGCUACAACACAAACCAAAACUGUGAUAUUAUCACCUUUAUUUAGUACACUUGGUUUGAGUUAGAGAACAAUUUUGGGGAAAAUGGUUUAGACAUAAGCUACUUAAUUUGUAGUAAUAUUGGGGUAUAUAUAUAAAGUUUGACAAAAUAGAUAAUCUAGAAUUUUUACUACUUUUAGAAAAUAUAAUUUUUUUUUUGUCAAAAUUCAGAUCGUAGCAUAUUUUGGCUAUUAUCUCAAUAUAUUGUCACAAGGCAUUUUUGUAGUAAAGUAAUAUCUGUCCUAGCUCAGGACAUUUUUGAUAGGGGAUUUUUUCAAUAAAAGGGUACUUGUGUAUAAAUUGUCUAUUGUUGUUUAGUAAGUGUAUGUUUUCUCCAAUGACAGCUAUGUAGUGUUGAAUAUUAUAAACUAAGUUUUAUAACAAGAGCUCUAGGGGCAUAAAUCUGUCCAACAGGAUCCCACAAUUUCUGAGGGGGACAGGAUCCAAGGGAAGAGAAUUCAGCCAUUUUUAAUCUGUUCAAAAAUGUUUGCUCAUAGCAUGAUCAUCUUGGUCAAAUGAGGUAUAGGCCCCCUGGGGCUGUUAUAUGAUGAUGACGUUAAUAAACCUACAGGUGUCUUUUUAUCAAUCUAGGCCCUAUGUAUAAACGCUUGGGAUAACACAUGUAUCCUUGUUUUCUUCUGCCAAAUAGAUGUUAAAAUUGUGAAAUUGAUGUAAUUCUUCAUAGUAAAUAUAUGUUUAUUUUAUAUACAAUGUUGGAGUUGAUUUAUUUGCUGAAACUUGUAUUUUGUAAUACUCUACUGUACUAUUGAUUUGGAAUUUAAUAAAAUGUGAUACAAUGAA